AUGGAAAAGCCUAUCCAUUUCGUGAUUGGGGCGGCCCUCGGCAUUGCGAUGCAUCUGAAUGUCUUUAUUCACGGGGAGUGGCAUGUCCGUGCUCCUCAGAUUGUUCUAUAUCACCUCGCCUAUUUUGCAUUUCACUCAUUCCUCGUCAAGGCCCACUGGAUAAUCCCAGGGUACAUAAUUGGGCUCUUUUCGAGCAUCACUAUCUACCGCAUCUUCUUCCACCGUCUCAGGCAUUUCCCUGGUCCCAUCUGGGCCAGCAUCACCAAAAUAUGGCACGCCUGGCAGGCCCGCCACCGCACAAAUUACCUGGUUUUGGAACGGCUUCACAACCAAUACGGAGAUUUCGUCCGAACCGGGCCGAGUGAGAUCACAGUCUACCAUCCAGAUGUGUUCAUGGCCAUCGACGGCCCCUCUGGCAGCUGUGUCAAGUCAGAAUGGUACGACGUACUCCACCCCAAGAUGUCCUUGGUGACUGCGCGUGACAAGAAAGUGCAUGGAUCCCGUCGCCGACAAUGGAAUCGAGGAUUCACGUCUCAAGCUUUGGACGAUUACCAAGAACGGAUUAUUCCGCUGAUUGAUCAGUUGGAACGCUGCAUCGACAAAGACAUGCACGCAGGAAAGCCAUCUGACAUGAGAGACAUGUUCUUCUGGCUUGGAUUCGAUCGCAUGGGUGACUUCAUUUUCAGUCGUACUUUCAACAUGCUUUCCCGCGGCGAAUGGCACCAUAUCAUCUUGCUUCUACAGCGCGCUUUGUCUCUCUUGGGCCCGCUGAGUCCACUGCCUUGGAUGGUUCAUAUUGCUUUCAAACUUCUCCCUCGUGUGUGGAUUCUGCGCGACUGGUUCCGUAUGGUUUCAUGGUGUGAAGGGCAGAUGGUGGAUCGAUUGAAGGCCCCGAAAAGCACUGAGAAAGUCCUGGACGUGGCCCACUAUCUUCUUCAAGAUGCUCGAGACGACCUGGAGCAAUUUCCAUGGCUGACAGGCGACAGCAUUCUAGCCAUCGUGGCAGGAAGCGAGCCCACCGCAGCUGUUCUUAUUGGGCUCUUCUAUGAGCUAGCCAAAGCUCCACACCAAACAGACAUGAUCGUUCAGGAGCUCAGGGACAUCAAUAUCAAAGACACCCGAGCACUAGCACAAUGCACCCGUCUCGAUGCCGUGAUUUCAGAGGCUCUGCGCCUGUAUCCCGCCUUGCCAACCGGAGGAAACCGAAAGACGACUAAAGAUGGUGUCAUGAUCGGAGGGGUCUACAUCCCACCCGAAACCACAAUCGUUGCCCCCAGAUAUGUCAUCUCACGCCGGGAGGACUGUUUUGACCAACCACGCAAGUUCAUUCCAGAGAGAUGGUAUACGCACCCCGAUAUGGUCCGCAACAAAGCGGCCUUUGCACCCUUCGGCACGGGCCACACGAGCUGCAUCGGCCGAGCCCUCGCAAUGAAUGACAUGCGUCUCAUAACAGCCCGCCUAGUUCGGAAAUACCGGUUCAGCAUUCCGCCCGGCGAGACCGGCGACUCAGUCUGGAAAGACCUCAAGGACCAAUUCACGUCGAACCCGGGCCGCUUACGGUUGGGCUUCGAAUUCCGGGAAUGA